CAGACACAGUAAAGGAAGCAGAGGAGAAGCAGUACAUGAUGACUACAUGAGGCCGAAAUCUUAGUGGGUUCUGUUAUGCUGAGCAUCUCUCUCAAGGAACCGAAACCUAAGUGUUGUCUUUUUUUAUUGUUUGUUUCUAAUUGUUGAAAUUUGACUUGAUUGUUUGUGAUUUCCAAGUGGAAGGAACCCAGAAAGGCCUGAUUUUGAUUUGAUAUCUCCCUUGUUCCAUGUGAGAUUCUAAGUUUGUAAAUGUUAAAUAUGAGGGAUUGAACGGAUUGGUUCGAAUUUCGAAAUAACUGUAGUGGUGUUUUACUUGGUAGAGAAAUAAGAGAAUGGGUUGUUUCUCGUGCUUCGAUUCCAAGGAGGAGGAAGAGCUGAAUCCGAGAAAGGAGGGUGAUGAUAAACAGGAAUCCCAGGCUACAGUGAACUCCAAUGUUUCUCGAUUGUCUUCUGGAGCGGACCGACUAAAAUCAAGAAACAAUACAGAGUUAAGAAGGGAAUCAUCAGGUCUAAAGGAUGGGCCUGAUGUUCCUAUUGGUGCUCAUACAUUCUCCUUUCGAGAGCUGGCAGCUGUGACAAAGAACUUCAGGCCAGAGUCCCUCUUAGGGGAGGGGGGAUUUGGGAGAGUUUACAAAGGGCGCCUUGAGAGCACGGGUCAGGUUGUGGCUGUGAAACAGCUGGACAGAAAUGGUCUGCAGGGGAACAGAGAAUUUCUGGUAGAGGUUCUUAUGCUUAGCCUUCUACACCAUCCUAACUUGGUCAAUUUAAUAGGUUACUGUGCGGAUGGGGAACAGAGGCUUCUUGUCUAUGAGUUCAUGCCACUGGGUUCAUUGGAAGAUCAUCUCCAUGAUCUUCCACCUGAUAAAGAACCACUUGACUGGAACACGAGAAUGAAGAUUGCAGCUGGAGCAGCAAAAGGGUUGGAAUACCUGCAUGAUAAAGCAAAUCCUCCUGUUAUCUACAGGGACUUCAAAUCAUCCAAUAUAUUAUUGGAUGAAGGGUUCCACCCGAAGCUGUCUGAUUUUGGGCUUGCAAAGCUUGGUCCUGUCGGGGAUAAGUCACAUGUCUCCACCAGGGUCAUGGGCACUUAUGGUUAUUGUGCUCCUGAGUAUGCCAUGACUGGACAACUGACUGUGAAGUCUGAUGUCUACAGUUUUGGGGUAGUCUUCUUGGAGUUAAUUACUGGACGUAAAUCAAUUGAUAGUACCCGAGCUCCUGGAGAACAGAACCUUAUUGCAUGGGCACGCCCCUUGUUCAAUGACCGCCGGAAAUUAUCAAAACUGGCAGAUCCUCAGUUACAAGGUCGAUAUCCAAUGCGUGGGCUUUACCAGGCACUUGCUGUGGCAUCCAUGUGUAUCCAAGAACAGGCUGCUACCCGCCCACUCAUUGGUGAUGUGGUGACCGCCCUGUCCUACUUGGCAUCCCACACAUACGACCCCAAUGCACCUUCUUCUCGAGGUGGUGGAGAUCAGAGAACUAACAGAGGUGGAGUAGACAGGGAUGAGAGAGGAGGUGGAAGAGUUGCCAAGAGUGAUGAUGGGGGAUCAGAGAAGGAUGAUUCACCAAGGGAAACAGCAAGAAUGUUGAACAGAGAUUUGGAAAGAGAGAGAGCAGUUGCAGAGGCCAAAAUGUGGGGAGAGAACUGGCGAGAAAAAAGGAGGCAAAGCACACAAGGUAGUUUGGAUAGUGCCAAUGGGUAGAGUCCAGAUGAUAUAACUGCAACUCCCAACUCCCACCGAGGGUCUGUCCAUGCUUUCUUAUCAGAGAGAGCCAGAAAGCUUGUGAGAGUUUUCUCAAAGGACUUCUUCAACCACAAAAAGCUUUUCUUAGCUUUUUCACCCCUUCUCAUUACACCCAAACCAAACGACAGGAAAAGAGACGAACACCAUUGAGAAUAGUGUAUAUUUAUCAGAGGAUUUAAAAAAAAAAAGAAGUCUUGUGUAACCUUUCAACGUUGGAAUUUUAGAUGGCCUAAACCAUCAAAUUCUCAAUUGUUGUGAAAGAUUGAAGGAAUUUUGUGAUUAA